AUGGCAAGAAUUGAGAGGGACCCGACAAACGACGUAUGUCCGGAUUUUGAGCAAGAGGAGUUCGAAGAAAUCAGGGAAGCGCUGAAGAGAGUUGGAGGAGAGGGCGGAGGGGAGUUGACUGAAGAGCAAGUCAUAGAGAAGCUCAGACAGGCAUGGCAAAGCAGGCACGACAGGGCGGUGCAGCAGUGGCAAGAACAAGUCCAGGCAGACGAGGAGGAGGAAAGAAGGCGGGAGGCAGAGGAAGAAGAGGAGAGGAGACUGGAAGAAGAGCGGAGAAGACGAGAGGAAGAGGAGGAGGAGGAGGAAAGGAGAAAUGUAGAGGCGGGGGGUAGGAAGACGACGAAGAAACCGAUCAUAUUCGACGCCAACAGAGGGAUUGGGGACACCAUCACCAAUCGUCCAGCGUCCUACGCCCUGAACAAGCUCAAGAACAGAGCCUACGUUCAACUCGACUACUUCACCAAACGAGGGUGCACACUAGUGAAGGACAUGGGUCACCCAUGGCUCACUCAGGUCUGA